AUGAACUUUGAUGAAAUUCUUUGCCUUAUUGGCGGCUUUGGGAAGUUCCAGAAGACCUUGUAUAUAUGGAUAUGUCUACCUCAAAUCUUUCUGGCAUUCCACAUGCUGGUCUCUGUCUUCACUGGGGCCGUUCCUCCGCAUUUAUGCCAUUCCUCAGUGGGCCCUCAGGCCUUUUUGAACUUCACCUUCAGUAGUCCGUCCUCCCUUUACGGCCAGUCCGAGCUGUCGUGCACGGUUCCUCUGAACCUCAGCGGGGAUGCAGGUCUGGGCGAUGGACACCCCUCUGAGAAGUGCCAGGGGGGCUGGGAUUACAGCACAGAGACCUUCCAAAGCACCAUAGUAACUGAGUGGGACCUGGUGUGUGAGGAUGCCAGCCUGAACAACAUUGGCUCCUCGGUGUACAUGUUCGGCCUGCUGGUUGGAGCUGUUGUGUUUGGGAGCUUAGCUGAUAAGUACGGCCGCAGGAUUGUCAUUCUCUUUAACCUGGCUAUCCAGGCUGUCUUUGGGGUAGGAGCUGCUUUCGCCCCUAAUUUCUACGUCUACAUCGCCCUCCGCUUCAUGGUUGGAACAUCCAUCUCUGGUGUCAUCAUGAAUGCCUUUGUCCUAGGCACGGAGUGGACGGGGUCCAAGCAGCGGAUGUUGGCUGGAAUAAUCACAGACUACUUCUUCGGUGUGGGCUACAUUCUGCUGGCAGGACUGGCGUACCUUAUAAGAGACUGGCGUAAACUGCAGUUGGCUAUCUCAGCACCGGGUUUCCUCUUCAUCUUUUACAUCUGGGUGUUGCCGAAGUCAGCUCGCUGGUUAAUGGCCAAUGACAGAAAGGAGGAAGCAUGGGAACUGAUCCGGAAAGCAGCGCAGAUCAAUGGGAAGCCCCUCACCAAAGAUCUGGAGAUGUGUCAGGUCUAUAGAGUUGAAAAGAAAAAUGAGGUGAAGAAAAAACACUCAUUCAUUGACCUGGUUAGAACCCCGAAAAUGAGGAAGCACUCUUUGAUCGUGUUUUAUCUCUGGUUUGCCAACGUGCUGGUGUACUACGGCCUGUCUCUGAACAUUUCUGACUUUGGAAUGAACAUCUAUCUGACUCAGCUGAUCUUCGGCCUGGUGGAGAUGCCUGCACGCACCAUCACCCUGUUCACCCUCAACCGCUCACGCAAGUUCUCCCAGCUGGCUUUCCUGGCUGUGGGGGGCACCGCCUGCCUGCUCACCAUCUUCGUCCCCAGUGACCUGUCGAUCAUUAAGACCGUGCUGGCCAUGAUCGGGAAGUUUGGGAUAACAGCCUCUCUGUCUAUUAUUUACGUGUACUCAGCGGAGGUGUUCCCCACUGUUAUCAGACAGAAUGGGAUCGGCAUCGGCUCCAUGUGUGCUCGGACCGGAGGAGUCCUGGCUCCCAUGAUGUACCUGCUUAGGAGACUCAAUCCUCACGCUCCCAUGGUGCUGUGCGGCCUCUGCCCUCUGCUGGGCUCCGCCCUCACCCUGCUGCUCCCGGAGACGGCCAAUAAGCCCCUGCCCGACACCAUCGAGGACGUAGAGGGAUCCCCCCUCAGUGAGGAGCACGGCGGCGUCUCCGAGAGCUCUCCGGGGAGAACAGACGAUGUGGGCAGCUCCAGGACGGACUGACGCAGCAGAGUGUGCCACAUCCCAGCACGUGAUCUCAGCACUAUUCCAAAGGUUUCCAGAGAAGGUCCAGAUUACACUUUGUUUUAUGCACACACUUACAAUAAACAACAGUCUGUGUGUAGGUAUUUGUUCACUUUUACAAUGUACACGUUUGUUUAAUAUGCCAUCUUUGCUUUUGAUACAGUGUUAGAUAUCAUCAGCUGUUUUAUCAGUGGAAUGAAAUCUGUGAUUAUAUGUAAUGUUAAGAAUAAAAUAUACUCUUUACGUCAGCAUGUAUGAUCCGAAAAAUGUAGCAAUAUAGCUUCAUGCUGCUGUCAGUCAUUAUAGUUGGCCG